AUGUCACUAAAAACCAGCAAAGUACCUCAGAAAUGGAAAUCCGCUAAUUUAUUACCACUCCCUAAAGAAUCACCAUUAAAUUCGUGCAACCAGUUAAGACCAAUCUCUCUGACGGACAUCAUCAUGAGACUAUUCGAGAAGUGCGUGUAUAAAUCUGAAAUCGAACCUAUCACAAGAAAUAACAUUGGUCCUGACCAAUUUGCUUAUAAAAAGGGUCACAACUCGACUAUGGCUCUGAUUAAAUCCCAACAUCAAUGGCUAGAGUGGCUGGAUAAAAACGCUAAUUAUGUUAGAGUGCUGUCGUUCGAUUUCAGCAAAGCAUUUGACAGUGUGCCCCACGAUCUUUUGUUUGAAAAAGUUAAAAAGCUACCCAUUAAUCCGUAUGUGGUGAACUGGUUAAUUAGUUUUCUAGAAAAUAGAAUACAAAGAGUAAUGGUUGAUGGAAUGGUUACAGAAUAUUUAUAUAUUAAUCGUGGUGUUCCUCAAGGUACUGUUUUAGGCCCAGUUCUUUUCUCAAUAAUGGUUGAUGAUAUUAAAACUGCUGAUCCUAGUAAUGCGUUAGUCAAAUUUGCUGACGAUUUGACGUUAGGAGUGCCUGGCAACGAAAGUGGUGACACAUCUCGAUCUGAAGCUGCCUGUUUACAGGAUUGGGCGGAAGAGAAUAGAAUGCCCUUAAACUUGGAAAAAACGUACGAAAUGGUUGUUCGCAGACACACCUCUGUAGUUUUGCCCGAGCUUAUCCCUUCAAUUAAGCGAAAAACAUGGCUAAAACUUUUAGGAGUUACUCUACAAGAUAACCCGUGCAACUGGGAUUUGCACUUUGAAGAAAUGCUCAAAAAAGCAAGUGGACGAAUGUACAUUAUGAGAGUUUGCAAAUACUAUGGACUAUCAAUUAAACAAUUAGAUCUGCUGUUUGAUAGCCUAAUUAUGUCGAUAUUCACUUUUGCUAUUGAGCUGUGGGGUUGUGCAUACGACGGUAAAUAUUUGAACCAAAUAGAUAAAUUCAUUAAACGUGCACAUAAGAAUGGUUAUAUAUCAAAACGAACACACAUUAAAGAAAUACGUGAUAAGAGAGAUAAGAAACUGUGGAACAAAAUAACAUCAACUGAGGACAAUGCAUUGCUUGAACUGCUGCCGGAAAAAAGAAGUAGGUUACUUAGGCCUAGAGGGCAUGAGUAUGAACUCCCCCUAGUGAGAACAGAAAGAUUCAAAAGGUCGUUCAUAAAUCGUUGUCUGUAUAACUUUGUUUAGACUUUAAUCUAUUAAAAACUUUUUAAAACUUUUUACGCUUCUUAACUUACAAUUGUAAAUAUAACUAGAUCAAUUACCUUUCGAUUGUAAACUCAGACGGAUGUAUCUGAGUAUUUUAAUAAAGACUAUUAUUAUUAUUAUUAUUAUUAUUAUUAUUAUUAUUAUUAUUAUUAUUAUUAUUAUUAUUAUAUUACCUAUUCGACCACGUCGAAACGCGAAACUGGCUCGGACCGCUUCGAACUGCUUUGGACAAUCAAUCCCUAUUAUAUAUUACUUAAAAGUAUUAAUCUAUAUAGUAUAUACUACGUAAUGACUGCCAUAUUGUGCAGUCAAAAAAAAUUUUUGCCAGACCCUGGGCGCCAUUUUGCAAAACAUCUGGAUUGAUCAGUCCAAUUUAAAUAAGGUUCACUCUUGCGGCAUAAUUAAAUGUUCUGCCAGAUUCAAUAGACCACAUUUUUGUAGAUUGUACAACAUCUACUUAUUCUACCUAUCAACAGUUAGAUACAUGACACAAACCAUAGGGCUCAUGACAUAUCUCACGACAUGGUUUGCUUUCAAGACCCUGUGAGUAUAUGUACAUAAUGUAACUGCAUCUAUACUUAAAUACUAAGGAAUAAACUUACAAUCUUCACACAGACUUAACCACAUGUGAAAUACUAAGGAAUAAACUUACAAUCCUCACAUAGACUUAACCACAUGUGAUGGACAGAUUACGGAAUACACAGUGAACAACAAGGACUAA